AUGUUCAGUCGCGGCGGCUGCGCGCAAGAACAAGCGACUUCAAGAAACAUCACCAGCGCCACAACCCUCCUCCUCCUCUCGCGCCGCCGCCGCCGCCACUGGUUUGUCAACAAUAAUUCCUCUAAUCUGCAGUCUUGUUUCUUGAAUAAUGAGUAUCCAGCAAGCUUUGGAUCUCAAGCGGCGUCGCUGCUUGUCUCGAGCAUGAAGCAACCGAGGAAAGUAGAGGAUCGGUACGCGCAGCCCGCGUUGCCUUACGAAGGACCGCAACAAGGCUAUGAGAGUCUGAAUCUAGGGUUUGUGAAGGAUGUGAAGGUUGAGGACGGCAACAAUUUGAAUAAUAUGGGCAACAACAGUGCUGGUGAUCAAUGGCAAGCUAACUAUCCAUUUGAAGCCCUAAAUGGUGCAAGUGAUUCAUCCUAUAUGUACUGGAGCUCCGCUAUGGGAGGUUCACCCCCCAAAAUUUUCCCACUCGUAAAAGGGAGGGAAAAUUGCCCCCUUUUAUUUUCACGAAGAGCCAAAACCCCCACCCCCGCUCUCUCUCUCAUCAGCAAAUCGUCCCCAAACCGUGCUUCUUCUCUGAAGUUCGCCACCUUCGUCGAAGCUCACCGCCGCCAUCGUCGGAGAUAUCCGCCUCCGUCGAAGUUCACCGCCGCCUCCGUCGGAUCUCGUCAUCGUCAGAGCUCUCUCGCCGCCUCCCUCCCUCUCUCUCUCGCUCUGUAUUCUCAACUCAAGGACGAGAUCUCGUUCAAAGAUCAUUAUGAUGUCAAGAUGCCUUGCCACCUUAUUCUCUCAAAGCUUGCAGUGAAAUGUCCUUCUGCUGUCCUUGCAGUUUUGGAUUCAUUGGUUGACCCUCUUGAGAGAACUAUUAAUCAUAAGCCAAAGCUGGAUGCUGUUAAGCAGGAAGUUGACCGUAAUGAAGACAUGAUCCGAAGUGCUCUUCGUGCUAUUGCCUCAUUGAGUCGCAUAAGGAAAUAAUCAAAGAACUGAUAGAAAGGCUACCACACAUGAAAGAGCUUAUGAAUAUGUACUGUGGCCUUGAUAGAGUGACUGCAAAGCAACAAAUGCAGGAGUUAGACAGAGUUGUAAAAAGUCUACCAGAGAGUAUACCUUCAUCUGUGAAGAGGUUCACUGAUCGUGUCGUUCUUUCACUUCAAGUUUUAUUUUUUUAACUUAGUUUAGUUUCCUGUAAAUCUUAUAAUGUGUAAUUCUCUGAAAUGGAAAACACUGAAUAUGGAAAACUGGAAUAUUUAAACAGGCCUUUGAGUAUUGACUUGGAAAUGAAAAUGAAUGUAAUUAUUUUGCAACGGGAGCAAAUUCUUUGUUUA